ACAUCACAUCUAGGACAAUGCUUGAAGAAAACAAAUUUAAUUCGAAAAAAACGCACUGAAAUAGAAUAUAAAGAUCAACAAAUUCAUUGUUUUUAUGAUCAGUGAAUUUUCAGUUCAGGUUAAAGAAAAUUUGAUUCAUACAUUUAUACAUGUUGUAAUUGUACAUACAUAUCCGUAAAUGAGUCCACUCUGUCAAUCACCCGUAACUACAUGUUCUUAUAUCAUAGAAAUAUGUAACUUCCGUCAUACCUGACUGACUUAGGAAAAAUGAUUCAGACUAUGUUUUUAUUGAUCAUUUAUUGAUGCGUAAUACAACACACACCUAAAGAAAAAUAAAUAUUUGAAUUUCUAGGAUUUAAUAUUCUAGGAUGUGUUUAAUCCAUGAUUAUUAACGGAUUAACGAUAUAUAAUCUUAAGAUAAACGAACGGAAGUGACCGUGUAAUAUUGUCCAAGAUGGAAAUCUAAAGUUAGUUUAAGAUGUUGAUCUUUUAUCAAUGAUCAAUUUAUUACAAUUCUUUGGUUCAAAGUUGAAAGCCUGAUGUCAUCGAGCUGUGGUAACUUCUGUAAACAUGAAUUCAGAAGAUAUCAUAUUUUUUUGGAUUACGUCAGUCCGUAUGAUUUCGUCAAUUUUCAAUGUGGUUGCCACAAACUAUAUGUGUUCUGGCGUUUAUUCUGGGCAGUAUACCAUUUUGCAUGGAUUAUCCUGACAGGAGUUUAUAGUUAUCAGUGGGCUGGUGACGAUCCCAGUCAACAAGUCAAAUGGUUUAUUUAUCUGACAUACUGGGCAUAUUUUGUGUUAACUCUAUCAACAAUAAUUGAUGCUAUUUGUGUUGUAUUUAUCAGUAUCAAGAGAGAUGACAUACUGCAAGAUAUAUCCCCAAUUAUGCCGUGGUAUCUGAAAGUAGAUUGGGUGUUUUUCAAUAUAUCAAAUACUAUAAGUAUUCUGAUAUCUAUAAUGUAUUGGGGACUAAUUUAUACAGGUUCAGAAGAACUGACGUCUGUGAAUAUAGAAACACAUGCUUUGAACAUAGUAUAUGUUAUAAUUAACUUUUUCAUGACUGGAAUUCCAGUGCGUUUUUACCAUUUUCUUCAUCCAAUAGUUUUUGGUAUUAUAUACAUUGUGUUUUCCAUUAUAUAUGAAGUGUCGGGAGGAACAAAUCACCAAAACAAAUCCCAUAUUUAUUCCGUCCUAGAUUGGAGCGACACUGUCCAUACAGCGAUGAUUGCACUUCUAAUUGUAUUCGUAGCCAUUCCCAUUUGUCAUUUUACGUUGUUUCUUCUCCACCUUAUUAGACUUUUUAUGAACAAACAAUGCUGUUCAAGGCAUAAAAGGAGCUGUACAAUUGUCACUCCUGAAAAUAAAUCGUAUGGUUUAGACAAUAACAUGGAACUAAACCACAAUAAUGAAGUCAAAGUUAAUGUUUAUACAGAUGGACAAGGCAACAAUACGCACAAUUUGACAAAUCAGUCCCAAAUUCUUGUUGAUUCAAAUUAUCAGACAAUAAUAGAUGAUUCUUUAAAAACGGAUAUAGUUUCUAUGAAAACAUGGGAUGAAGAAUCAUUUGACACCUUUGACACAGAGGAUGAAACUGAAAAUGAAGAGGAAAAUGAAACACCGGUAGAUGAAACAGAUAAGGGAGACGAAACAAACGUGACAUGUGAUACCGAAAUUAAUUGUGAAAGUAUCGAAAAAGAGACGACUGUUAAAACCGAUGAUUCAAUUGAAAGAGAAAUUUGUGAUGACGUAAUAAACGUAAGAGAAUCUUGUGAUGAUAAACUUCACAAAAGAGAAAAUCGUAAUGACGAACUUCACACAAGUGAGACUUGUGAUGAUAAACUUCACAAAAGAGAAAAUUGUUAUGAAGUACUUCAUACAAGUGAAACUUGUGAUGAGGUCCUUCACAUAAGAGAAAACAAUUGUGAUGACGUAUUUCACAUAAGAGAAACUUCUAAUGACAAACAUCCCAUAAUUGAAAACAAAGGUACAGAGGUUGUUGAUGAAGAAAAUAACAUAAGAACAGAUUUGUAAACUUUGCUAAACUAUUUUUAUAAAUAAAAUGAUAAAAUAUUUAUAGA